AGCUUCUGUCUGCAUUUCUUACAAGAUUCAGGCAUAUUUACCUGUUUCUGUACUGAAAUCUCGUCCCAAAGAUACCACGCAAUGGCCUCGAAGAUUGCAAUUGCUUCCCUGAUUGCCUUAUCGGCUGCUUCGGAGGGCCUUCGACCAUGGGAGGCUCCUGGUCCUAAUGACUUGCGGAGCCCUUGCCCAAUGCUGAAUACGCUGGCAAACCAUGGCUAUUUACCUCACGACGGCCGCGAUAUCUCGGCCCAGCAGUUUGCCGAUGCAGCUUUCGAAGUCGUAAAUAUCGAUCCUAUGGCUAUCAAGCAGGUUGCAAAUUACUUCCUCAGAGCUUCGAACCAAACUUCCAUCAACUUGACAGACUUGAAUCGCCCUGGCAUACUACAGCAUAUUGCUUCUCUCACCCGAGACGACGUUACAGACCCUGAUAGCGUGGAUGUCACAGCAUCUCAAGAUCGAAUUCACCAUCUUAUAAAAGACAGCGACACUGACUGCAUUACAAUUGCUUCACUUGCAAAGACUCGCUUACAUGUUGAAGAUCUAUCUUCUCCCAAAGAGCUGACUCUGAAGGAACAGACCUUUGCAUAUGCCGAGGCAGGUCUCCUGCUCUUGACGAUGAUUGAAGGCGAUGUUCCGUCUGGAUGGAGCUUUCCUCCAGCAACCGCAUAUUGUGCCCCCAAGAAACGAGUAGAAACGUGGUUGACGGAAGAGAGAUUUCCGGAAGAGCUGGGGUGGAAGAAGUCAGAGCGAACGAUUGGUCUCAUGGACUUUGUGCCAGUCAUAAAGGGUAUUUAUGAGGAAAAGAGAUCGCAGGCUGGGAAGGGCCCAUUGUGGAAAGCCUUUGUUCCCUCUUUUCUCCAGCAAGCAGGAACUGAUAGCGAGCUAUGAUGAGCUUUGGCUUGGUGCGUGUGUUUUCUGUAUAUGAUGUUUGAUACCAAAAAGUGUCUUUUGAGCAACGGUUGAUAUACUCAUGCCGUACGUGAAGCGCUAUGCCGUGAACAAGGAAUCCAUCUCUGUAGAAAAGAGAAGAAACUUUGAGUAUGUAGACAGCUUAUUUUUCGGCUUGGUCAAGACAUGGAAAAAAGAUGGUGCUUGGGCAUCAACAAGAGCGGGGAUGCGCAAAAAGAUAAGGAUCCAAUGCAAUGCGUAAUCU